AUUAAACUCGUUCUAUAUAUAACUUGCAAAGUGUUGGGAAAUCAAGAAAGAUUGGCAUUACACUAACGACUGUGUGUGUUCCAUCCUCCAUUUUGGGGUUUGUCUUCUUUGUUUUACUCCCUUCUCAAAGCCUCCUCCUCCUUUGCCCUCUCCCUCUCUAUCAACAAUGGAAGUCGCCGCCGCCGAUGAAGCCUUCUCGGGGGCCCAGGACUACGCUGGCCGCAUCGCCAAGCGCAAGCGGACCAAGAGGCAGAGAGUGCAGUCCCCAUACCGUUUCGGGAUCGCCAGCUCGCCCAGCGACGACGAUGACAGCAGACAUGACCACCAUGUCGCCGUCGGCACCAGCAAUCACAAUUCCUCUCCAGAAUCCUCGGCCGAAGCUGAAGGGAUGAGCACCUUGGAGGAGGAGGAGGACAUGGCCAAUUGCCUAAUCCUCCUGGCCCAAGGCCAUUCUAAAUUGCCCCAAAAGCAAGCGAUGUUGGACCAAGAUGUUGGUGACCUCAAAUUCAAUAGCAAAAGGUACAUGGAAGCAUCCACAGGCACAGGGAACAAGAUUGGUUAUUAUGUGUAUGAGUGCAAGACUUGUAGCCGCACUUUCCCUUCCUUCCAAGCUCUUGGAGGCCACCGCGCCAGCCACAAGAAGCCCAACAAGGCUGCCGCCGAAGACAAUAAGCAUCACCAACAAUUCGGGACAUUGUCGUCGGACGACGAGGAGUCGGCACAAUUCAAGGGCCACAACGUCGCAUCAUCGGCUCUCUCUCUUCAAUUGAGCAGUCGGAACUUGUUGUUUGGGAGCAACUUCAGCAAUAAGCACCCAAAGGUCCAUGAGUGCGCAAUUUGCGGGGCCGAGUUCGCGUCUGGCCAAGCCCUAGGUGGUCACAUGAGGCGGCAUCGAACUCCGGCGGGGACGAACAUAGGGUUGCCUCUAAACCCAAUGGCCUCUGAGUCCGAGGAGUCACCGGCAAGGGCUAGGAACAACGCCGUGUCCCUGGAUUUGGAUCUCAACCUACCGGCACCCGACGAAGAUGACCACAAUGAACAUAAAGAGAAGCAGUUUUCCUUGACCUCGAAGAAACAAAAGCAACAGCAAGAACAGCAAGAAAACCAGUCGAGGCUCGUGUUUUCAGUCCCGGCUUUGGUGGAUUGUCACUACUAGGAAGGUUCAAGAAUCCCAUCUUCCCUUCUUCCCCCGUUCUUAUAAAUUCUUUUCAGACAUUCUGCAUUCAAAAUCGAAACUUGAAAUUCAAUGUAAUCGUCACAGUUUCUUCUGGAAUUACAGAUUCUUUCAAUUCUUUGCCUUUUCGGGUAC